CCAGUGACACAUUGCACUAAUUUGACAUCGAAAGUGGAAUUUGAUCACACACAAAUGAUAAAAAGUCAAUAGAGCAAAAAAAUUAUAAUUUGUUAUCAUUGCCAUCAGCAGCAAUAUACGACCAAUGUAAUUGACAAUAAAAACGCGUUGAUGCCCUUCUUUUAAGUACAUAGUGAUAAGCCGAAGAAAGAUAUCAUAUGACGUCGGAAAAUAUCUACAGCAGUGAAAUGGCAAACAAUAGUGGAAAUUUUCGUAAUCCAACAAUAAACGAACCUCGGAUAUUUGGAGGACCCUACGGCAUGCAAACACCAAUUGGAACUGUACGAACAUCUCAACCACCGCCACCACUACCACCCAGACCAUUUCAACAGCAACCAUCUUCCUAUGGAUCGUAUGGCGGUGUUGGUUCCAUGUACGGCAGUCCAUAUAGCAGCUAUGGAUCGGGCUACGGUUACGGCAGUGGACUGAACUCAUUUGGUGGCUCAGGUUUCGGUAGUUAUGGUGGUGGCUACGGAAGCUAUGGCGGUUACGGUGGAGGCGGUUACGGUGGUGGUGGCUACGGUGGCGGUUACAAUCGAUUCGGAGGGAAUCCAAUGGAUCCGGAAAAUCGAUUUAUUCAAAUCGCUGAAGAGAGUUCACGGCCAGCAUUCCAAAGUAUUGAAUCACUCGUUGGGGCUAUUGGGAACAUAGCGUCUAUGUUGGAUUCCACAUUUUUUGCCAUUACCAGCUCGUUCCGGGCGAUCUUAGGCGUUGCUGCUAAUUUUGGUCGAUUACGUGGAGUAUUCGGACAGUUUUGGCAAUCCUUUGCCAUAUUUAGAGGACUGACUUGGCUAUUUAACAAAAUUCUCUAUUGGCUGCGAAUAUCGAAAUUGGAUCCAUCAUCAUUGGCCUUUAGCGAAGCAUUCGCUGCAGCUCAGGAAGGACUCGAUCCAAAUGUUAAAGCAAACGAACGGAAACCAUCGGCAUGGCCAGUUUUAGUAUUCCUUGGUUUCAUUUUCACUGCGCCCUACUUAAUUAUGAAAUUACUGGGUACGGUCACAUCAACAGCUUUAGAAGAAACCAAAAAUCCCCGAUCAUGGGUCAACCCAAUCAAAGCUCAGGUGAAACACGAUUUUCAGGCAACGAAUCAACAAGAACUAAACCUUCGAUCAGGUCAAACCAUAUACAUAGCACCGCGUGAAAUUCAAAAUACACAAAAAUUACUGAACACCGGUUGGGUGCUAGCAACGCUGGACAAUCAAUCGUCCGGCAUCAUUCCCUUAAACUAUGUACAAGGUCCACAGCAAGUGCCCGCUAAACCAGAAACGGUAUCUAGUGUUGCUGAAACACAACCGACACAGCCGAUACAAGAUGUCGGUCAAAUAGUCAACGAUGGCAACAUUCCAGCCAGUGAUAAUAGUUUCCCGUCACUGAAUAGUGUCAUGGAAAAGUCGCCGGAGGAUGUUAUGCAACAAGUUUUUGCCGAAGAUAUGUGAUGGUGAAGUGGAGGAGAGUGCUGAGAAUUUUUUGGUAUAUUGUGUUAGUUUGGUAGGCUCAGCUUGAGUGAUGCAAUUUUUGUUACUGGUCCGUGUACUGUUACUAUUUACCAAUGUAAGGCUUUUUUAUGGAAUAAAUGUCGAUUUAAUUGAA